UAUACGAAAAAAAAAGCAACCGAACAAACUAGAAUAACUAAUGAAAUUAAAACAUCAGAAAAGCGAUCACAAUGCUCAUCUAAAGAUGAUGCAUCUUUACAUAUACAUGAAAGUAGCAAUAUUCCAUACCAUGGAUGGACAUUGUACUUUGAUGAGAAAGAAUACAAAAACUCCUCCAGUACUGUAAAAAAAGUUGAAGCUGCCAAACAAUUUUUGAAAAAUUAUUCAAAACUGUCAUCAUUUCUUACAUUGGAAAAUUUAGAGGCUGGAAUGAUUUUCCAUAUUGAUUAUAAUGAUUUAUGUGAUGAUGAUAAGUUUUUAAAUGAGUGGAGUAAUUUUAAAAGUGAUAUACAAGAAAAAUCAAUGUAUACAAUAAAUUGUAUCAAGCUUGCAAUUCAUCAGAAUAUUUUAAAUACCCUGUCCAAAGAAGACUUAGAAAGUUUUGUGAAUUCAAUUUAUUUAUUGCCUACAGUCAAAAUAAGAAUAUUAAACUAUGCAGAAACAAUUUGUUUACGAGAUAUUAAAGUGAAUUCCUAUGGAAAAUUAAUAAAUACGAAAGGAUGUGUUGUAAGGGUAGGAAGAGCAAAGCAGCUUGCUCAAUGGUUUGUGUUUGCAUGUACAAAAUGUGGUUUGGAAAAGAUGGAAAAACAGUCAGAGGGAUUUUAUACCGUGCCUAAAAAAUGUAUCAUUUGUGGUAUAUCAACGUUUCAACCUGUAUUGAAUUCACCUCAUGUGAAAACUAUAUCUUUUCAAAUGAUUAGAAUACAAGAGAUAUUCAAUAACGAACAGGAAACUAAAGGUAGAAUGCCUAGAAUACUAGACGUCAAAAUUUUGGAUGAUUUGGUGGAUACUUGCAUGCCAGGAGAUGAUUUAUUGCUUACAGGAAUAGUUAAAGUUCAAGGAAUCGACGAUAAUACAUCUAAAGGACAUGCUACUGCUUCAUUUUCUUUUUACAUGGAAGCUGUAACAAUAAUUCAUAACAAUAAUGUUAAUGAUAAUAAUAUUGAUAAAAAUACUGACAAAAUGCAUAUGAACACAGACACAGUCACAAAUAAUAUGAAUAUAAAAGAUUAUCUUGCAAUUAAGGAGGUAUAUGAAAAGCCUAAUGUCUUUUCAUUACUAAUACAUUCAUUGUGUCCAAGUAUAUAUGGUCAUGAAAUGAUUAAAGCUGGAUUAAUAUUAAGUUUAUUUGGCGGAAAUGCGAAACGUAGAGGCUUACGUGAUCAUAUACAUGUACUUAUAGUAGGAGACCCUGGUCUUGGAAAAUCACAAAUGUUACAAGCAUGUUCGCGUGUAUCUGUCAAAGGUGUAUAUAUAUGUGGAAAUUCGAGUACAUCUUCAGGAUUAACCGUUACUCUCACAAAAGAAAAUGGGACAAAUGACUUUGCGUUAGAGCCUGGUGCUUUAGUUUUAGCAGAUAGAGGUUGUUGUUGCAUCGAUGAAUUUGAUAAAAUGUCUGUGCAACAUCAGGCUCUAUUAGAAUCUAUGGAACAGCAAAGUGUCACUGUUGCUAAAUCCGGAAUACUAUGCUCUCUUCCUUCUAGAACAUCUGUUCUUGCAGCUGCAAAUCACAUUGGGGGUAGAUACGAUAAAAGCAAGACAAUUUUACAAAAUUUAAAUAUAAGUCAACCACUUCUUUCAAGAUUUGAUUUAAUUUUUUUACUCCUUGAUAAUCCAGAUAAAAGACGUGAUCAUUUAAUAUGUAAACAUAUUAUGUCGUCUCAUAUUAAUUUAAAUAACAAGAAGACAAAGAAGACUCCAAGCGAUGAUCAAUCAAUGCAAUCAAUAUCAUUGAAUGAUUCUUUAAAAGAAAAACUAAUGUUUUCAUCGAUAGAACCUGAAGACGUAAUACCACAGAUUAUACUAAAAAAGUAUAUCUCAUAUGCUCGUCAAUAUGUUCAUCCAAAAUUAACUGUUAAGGCGGCAGAAGUAUUGCAAAAGUAUUACUUAGAGCUCAGAUUGAGGAAUGCAGAAUUAGGUGGUAUUCCUAUAUAUAAUAGACAAUUGGAAGCAAUGAUUAGACUAACCGAGGCUAGAGCAAAGUUAGAAUUACGCGUUGAGGCUACAGAGUCUGAUGCUUUAGAAGUAGUCGAAAUAUUGGAUUACACGAUGAUGAACGUAUUAGAAAAUCCAAGUUUGAAGUUACCACUUGGAAGUAAAUUUACAGGGGGAAAAGUACAAAUAUUUAUAAAGUUACUAGAAAAUGAAAUCAAAUUGAAUAGACAAAGAUUAUUUUCAGUUACAGAACUGAAUGAAAUUGCAGUUAAUGGUGGUAUUAAUGUACAAGAUUUUAGUCUGUUUCUAUCGAAAUUGAAUGAGCAAGGUGUUUUAUUACAAAUUGAAAGAAAUCUUUAUAAAUAUGUUAAAAUUUAAUAGUUCCUAUUAUAUCAAUA